GUCCGGCGCUGCGGGGGCCGCCAUGGCGGGCGUUCCGUGGGCCGAGGUGCGCGAGAAAUUCCAGGCGGCGCUGGCGCUGUCCCGCGUGGAGCUGCACAAGAACCCCGAGAAGGAGCCGUACCGGUCCAAGUACGGCGCCCGCGCGCUGCUGGAGGCGGUCAAGGCGCUGCUGGGGCCCGCGCCCGACGACGAGGAGGAGCGGCCCGAGCCCGAGGAGGCCGCCGGGCCCCCCGCGCCGGCGCUGCCCGCCGAGGCGGCCGAGGCCGAGGGUCCCGCGGCGCAGGCGGCCGUGAGGCUGGCGGUGAUCGAGUUCCACCUGGGCGUGAACCACAUCGACACGGAGGAGCUGUCGGCGGGCGAGGAGCACCUGGCCAAGUGCCUGCGGCUGCUGCGCCGGUUCCGGCUGGCGCGCGACUGCGUCUCGCUCUACAUCCAGGCGCAGAAUAACCUGGGUAUCUUGUGGUCCGAAAGAGAAGAAAUUGAAACUGCACGAGCUUACUUAGAAUCAUCAGAAGCACUUUAUAACCAGUAUAUGAAAGAGAUUGGGAGUCCUCCCCUGGAUCCUACUGAGCACUUUCUUCCUGAAGAAGAAAAACUUGCUGAGCAAGAGAGAUCAAAAAGAUUUGAAAAGGUGUACACACAUAACUUAUAUUACCUGGCUCAGGUCUAUCAGCACAUGGAAAUGUUUGAGAAGGCGGCGCACUAUUGCCACAGCACCCUGAAGCGCCAGCUUGAGCACAAUGCCUACCAUCCCAUGGAGUGGGCUAUCAAUGCUGCCACCUUGUCACAGUUCUAUAUCAAUAAGCUGUGCUUUAUGGAGGCUAGACACUGUUUGUCAGCUGCUAAUGUCAUUUUCAGUCAGACUGGAAAAAUUCUAACUACAGAAGAUGCUCCCGAAACUGAAGGUGAUGUCCCGGAGCUUUAUCACCAGAGAAAAGGGGAAAUAGCAAGAUGCUGGAUCAAGUACUGUUUGGCUCUCCUGCAGAACGCCCAGCUUUCCAUGCAGGACAACAUCGGAGAGCUUGAUCUAGACAAGCAGUAUGAGCUUAGAACGUUAAGGAAAAAAGAACUAGACGAGGAAGAAAGUGUUAGGAAAAAAGCUGUGCAGUUCGGAAGCGGUGAACUCUGUGACGCCAUCUCGGCCAUAGAGGAGAAAGUGGGCUACCUGAGGCCCUUAGAUUUCGAAGAGGCCAGAGAACUUUUCUUACUGGGUCAGCACUACGUCUCUGAGGCCAAAGAGUUCUUUCAGAUUGACGGUUAUGUUACUGACCAUAUCGAGGUUGUUCAGGAUCACAGUGCCCUGUUUAAGGUGCUCGCGUUCUUUGAAACUGACCUGGAGAGACGCUGCAAAAUGCAUAAACGACGAAUAGCCAUGCUGGAGCCCCUAAUCGUAGACCUGAAUCCUCAGUAUUACCUGCUGGUCAACAGACAGAUUCAGUUUGAGAUUGCACACGCUUACUAUGACAUGAUGGACUUGAAGGUGGCCAUUGCCGACAAGCUGAGGGAUCCCGAUUCACACAUCGUGAAGAAAAUCAACAGCCUUAAUAAGUCAGCACUCAAGUACUACCAGCUGUUCUUAGACUCCCUGAGAGACCCCAACAAAGUGUUCCCCGAGCACAUAGGGGAAGAUGUCCUUCGCCCUGCCAUGUUAGCUAAGUUUCGAGUUGCUCGUCUCUAUGGCAAAAUCAUCACCCCAGACCCCAAGAAAGAGCUAGAGAACUUGGCCACGUCACUAGAACAUUACAGAUUCAUCGUCGACUACUGCGAGAGGCACCCCGAGGCAGCCCAGGAGAUCGAAGUGGAGCUCGAACUGAGUAAAGAGAUGGUGAGUCUCCUCCCCACAAAGAUGGAGCGAUUCAGAACCAAGAUGGCUCUGGCCUGACCCUGCUUCCCAUGGGGGAGAAAGUGAGCAGAAAGAGGUGUUUGCUGUAGUCAGACAGGCCCACUUCCAUUGUUUAUCCUUAGAGCCAGACGAGUGGCCUGAACCCAGCUCCCCAGACCAGUUAGUCUUUGCUAGGACCUUAACCAACAUAAUGAUAACUGAUAAGUCUGAUUAUGUAAAUGGCCUUGUUAAAAUAACGUGAUUCGUACUUUAAAUUGCUGAUUUCCUACUUAAAUAUGAACAUUUCCUGCUCAGGUUCUCAGGGCAGGUUCUUAGUUGACUCAAACUCGAUGAAUUAAACAAAUACUGGGUUCUUUACCUGGUAGACAAGCCUGUUAUUAUAUUUAGAGUUAAAAAUGUAACUUCCUAUAAUUAUUCUUCCCAGAAUACUUUCCCUAAUUCCCAAAGAACUCUUUCCUUUUGACAAUAUUUAAAAAAACUAAGUUAUAUUGUUGGUAUGUGGUUUGUCUUAAUUAUGAGGCCUUGCUGAAAUAUAAUAAACCGACUUCUUUCACUAAGAAAA